UAUCUCAUUUUUGGGUACGAUUGAUCGAACGAAUCGAUAUAUGAAAUAAAAUUCUAACGUUUUAAACACUUCUCGCUCGCGUAUUAAAUAUUUACUUCAUCGUUAAAUUACUUACACAAUUCUCGGGUUUCAUGCUGGUAAAAAUGGAUUGGAAGAUGAGAAAAUAUCGUGUUUGUACCACGUGAUCGGUGACCAAUUCCCUGUAUACCUAUCAUGGUUUUUGAAAGUUCGUUUACUUAGGUAUUUGUAGUUCGUAAAAAAUUUAAAUUUAACCUAUAAAACGACCAAACGUAUUUAUUAACUUAUAAUUUAAGCUUACGAUGAACUAUAUGAGGAAGACGAACUACCUACUUAAUCGUUACGUCGUCGUAGAAUGGUUUUUUGGAGCGAGAUGAAUUUUUCAUGAAAGCUACUCCAGUUCUUGGAAAAAUGGACUAGUGUUCGUUUUAUAAAAAACAAUCCUAUUGAAGCCGAGUUGACUUUCAACAUCGUCAUGACAGUCGGCAAACUCAUCUUCCUGCUAUGGAUCAUCUACGUAACAUCAGUUCACAGUUUCCGAGGCCGAGGUCGAGGUAAAAAAAAAGCUCGAGUGGAAAAAAAGGACCCUAUAAUGGAGCAAAUGGCCGAUAUCCAAACUGGCAUAGCUUGGAAGAAAACCGAUUGGGAUCGAGAUUACGAAAUAGCCGAAUGGACGACCACAUUCGUCGAAUUGGUAGCCAAAAGUAAACUAUUCAUCGAUAAAACUUUAUUAAUCAAAGAGUUCAUGGAAAGUCGCCAUAAGCUGUUUAUCGUCACUUUCCCGAAACAAUGGGGCAAGUCGACGAAUUUAGACAUGUUGGGUAGAUUUUUACGUAUCAAGUUGGACAGCAAAGGUAGAUUGGUUCCGAGGAAUAAAACCCUGAAUUAUCGACUGUUCACCAAAGGUAUAAUAAUUUACAAAGAUACCGACGACGGUACGUUGAACAAGGAGAAAUUAAAGACUCCUUUGUUGAUCGCCCAACAUACGGAUUUGAUCGAGCAACACCUAGGUAUGUAUCCUAUCGUGCACAUGAGUCUGAAGAAAUACAAAGGUUUGGCUGUGCAAACGAUGGAAAUGACUCUGGGCCGAUUUCGAACAACCGUGGCUAAAAUGUUCAGAAGUUAUUAUCGUUUGUACUCGAAUCUGAGACGUAAAGUAGACGAGGCGAAAAACCAGCGAGAAUUACAGAAAGCUAAACAAGAUUACGAAGUUUAUCGUAAAUUUUACCUGGGAGAACAUCAAAAUAAAACUGUUUACGAAGGCAGCAUCAGAACACUUUGUAAAUACCUCAGCGAGUACUACUGUCGAAAGGUAUUCGUCUUCAUCGACGAAUACGACACUCCUGCGAUGCAUUUCCAUUACAAAAUACGAUACGACGAAGCGGAAUCCGAAGAGUAUUUGAGUUUUUUCCACCAGUUGAUGAUGAAAUCGUUCGUAGAAAAUGAAUACCUCGAGAAAGGAAUGAUCUGCGGUGUAUUCAGGCUACCUGAUCUGUUACCUUUGAACUCUGCCAUAGAUAUCCAAGAGAAUAACCUGCUGGGAAGCCCGAUAGCUCAGUAUUUCGCCUUCAAUCAAAAAGACAUGGAGUUGUUGCUGAGAGAUCAGAAAAUCAAUCCUCAUCAGCGUCGAAACGCUUUAAAAUGGUACGGUUGUUAUUACAUCGCUGGUAAUCCGAAUUUAUGCUUUUUUAAUCCCAACUCUUUGGGUGAUUUCUUCAAUCUGAGACAAAUUAUCGGCGAGUGGAGGGGCAGUGAUAAUAUGCAAACGGUCCAGAUGAUCUAUAGACACAGCUGGGCUCGUGAAAUCGUCAAAGGCUUACUCAAUAAAGAUAAGACUAUAAUGAACGUCGACGUUUUAAUGUUUACCAAGACGAUGAUGGCGGAUUUACACGAGAUGAUUUUUAAAGAAGUUGAUCCGCAGUUUAUUCAUCCGGUACCUGAUAUGGUAUUCAAAUCGUAUUUGUUCAAUUCGGGGUAUAUGAUUGUGGACCCUUCUCAGUACCCUCUACCUGAGAACUUCACUUCGGUCGAGUUGCUCUUGGUUAGUGAAGAGGUGAGCGUCGAAUUGCACAGAAAAAUGGCCGAAUUCCUCGCUCAAAAAUGUAUCUAUGUUUUUAAUCAUUUGAGAUUCGCCCGAGCUAACCUUAUUUAUUACAUAGAAGCUGAUAAGAAAUCGCCCAAGGAAUUCAUACGAUCUUUGGAGAAAUUAUUUUCUCAAUUUCGACAUUUUUACUCGGAUCGUAAACGAACUGAGAUGUUGUAUUUGUACGACGAGUAUUGUUCCCAGGUAUUGGAGGUAUUAGCUUUAGAGGUCCAACUAGUGGAAGACUUCGAUGUACAAGUCUACAGUCGUAAAGUAUUAGGACCCGAGGUGGUCUUAGUCAAUAAUCGGUUACGAUACGGAGCCAUUAUCGAACUAACGACGAAUUUGAAAUCGCCCCAGAAAGCUUAUCAUCAAGCCAGAGGAUUCAAACACGUGUUUAAAAGAUUUCCUCAUAUUGAGAAGAUUAAAUUUGUUGGUAUCAAUUCGCUGUUUACGGUUAAAAAUGUCGAGCUUGUGGGUGAAACUGUGUAUUUGGUUGAUCCUGAGGGGCCACCGAUCAUUCCGGAGAUGACGUACGUGAAUGAUACCUAUGAAGGUGUUGAAAGUUAUUCGAGAGAUGAGCAAGAGGAUAGAAGCGUACAAUAUUUUGAUCUGAAGGAUAGUAAAGAAGUUAUAGAGAGUGGGAGUUAUGAUGAUGAGAAAGAUUAUGAUGAAGAUGCUCAACCUAAUAUGGUUGCUGGACCGGAUGAAGAUAAGAAGGCUGAUUCGGAAGGCGCUGAAUAUUGAUGUAGGUACCUAUAUUUUUCUGAUUAUUUGCUGUCUACAUUUUUACCAUCAGUUGAUCAAGAUUAUAAAUUGUGAUCUUUUUGAAGAUUCGUGGAUUAAUUUUCCGAGGCAAGAAAAUACCUACGUAACCAACUCGAAUAGUUCUUUUUUCCAAAUGUUGACAGGUACCUAUACUUAACAACUCUUAAGAUGGUUAAAAAAAAAAUAAUUUUCAAAAUCCUUGUAAAAGGGCAUCUUUAUUCAAAAAUUUUUCUCAUUAAGUAUGUUUCAUUUUUCAAACGUUUUUCAAUUAUUUUUGAUUUACAUCUCUACGUUCUUGAUUUUUUCACCCUAUUUUGUAAAGAAAUGUUUCAAGCUGCAUCCUUCAAUUUGAACGAAAUCAAGCCAAAUCGAAAGAGGAUAUCAUAAAAUUCUCGCAAAAAAAGGUCAUGCACUAAAAUUGAUUUUUGGAUUUUUUUGACAAAUUUGAAAAAAUUUGAAAAAUCAGAAAACAUUGUGUUUAGGGUAAAUUUUUAGUUCAUUCAUUUUUUUCAAAACAAAAUCAUUUCCACCACUAACUCCACUUUCCCUUCAAAAACUACUAGUGUUAAAUCAUCCUGGAGCCUCCAAUGAGUUUUCAAUUUCGUACCAAAAAUUUUAAAUCACUCUAAAAAGGUCAAAAAUGAACAUUACAGUCUAGGUACCUAUUAUAACUUCGAUUAGGUAGGUAGAGAGGUAGAUAGGUAGGUAGUGAUUAUCAAGCACCUAUUCCAUCUUUGUUAGGUCAUUCUAGAGCCUCCAAAAAUUUUAUUUGGUGUUAAUUGGGCAUCUACUCGAUUGAUUUUAGAUCAUUCUGGAGCCUCCAACAAGAUUUAAAUUAUUUCCAGGAAUUUUAAAAUGCUCUGGAGGCUCCUAAAAUGGUCAAACUGAUGUCCAAUAAGUACUAACCAAAGCUAUAGCUGCCAAAAUUCAUUUUUCCCCGCCUUAUACAUAUAGAGCAAUAAAUCUCUGGAGAAAAUUGAAUAGGUGCUCUCAAAAUGACUUAAGAGACUGGUACUAAUUUCGAAUUGGGUGAAGGGAAGGGAGAAGAGGGAAAAAGUGG